AUGAAAUUUAUUUAAAAUUUUCUUCCUACGAUUUUAAAAAAUAAUUUAAGAAUAGCACAGCUUCCCAGAGUUUCAAGAACGGAACAUCGGAGGCCAAUCUGCCACAGAUCAGGCUCCCCUGCCAAGUUUCCAGGAUGAGAAACCAGCUGAGGAGAAGGAACCUAUCAGGACAAAUUAGUGGCAGAGCUAUGUUUAGGUCAAAUUAUAGAGAAGGACUGAUUGGAAAGGGACCAGGCAGAUGAAAACAGGAAGGAAGGAAGGGCCUGGUGGGGCUUUAAAGAAACCUGUCAGCUCCGUUACAUGAGCUUCUUGAAGGCUGAGGCUGUAUCUUCCUUAUCUCCGGCUCCUGGCAUGUAGAGCUUUGAAGACCAGGAGAAUUAUGAAGAGCGAAGCUUUUAGGCCAGCCUUCCUGAACUGGAGGGGGUGUGGCAUGCAUUAAAAUUAAACAUCAGUGACCUGAGAAGCUUAUAAAAUAGCUUGGGAGAAGCCAGUCACCAACAGAAGGCAUCUCAAAUUGGAUGAUUUUGCAUGUGGAAACUGCUUUCAUCUUGAAGAAAAAGGUCCACCUCCAGCCACCCAGCUCCAAGAUGGUACCAGCGCUGCUGCUGCUGCUUCCUGCCCUGGCCGGACUCUUCGGAGCAGCUGAGGGACAAGCUUUCCAUCUCGGGAAAUGCCCAAAUCCUCCAGUGCAGGAGAACUUUGACGUGAAUAAGUAUCUUGGAAGAUGGUAUGAAAUUGAGAAGAUCCCAGCCAGCUUUGAGAAGGGAAGUUGCAUCCAAGCCAACUACUCGCUAAUGGAAAACGGAAACAUCAAAGUGAUAAACAAGGAGCUGAGAGCUGAUGGAACUGUGAAUCAAAUUGAAGGUGAAGCCACCCAGGAGAACAUCACGGAGCCCGCCAAGUUGGGAGUUAAGUUUUUCUGGUUCAUGCCAUCAGCUCCGUACUGGGUCCUGGCCACCGACUAUGAGAACUACGCCCUCGUGUACUCCUGUACCACAAUCAUCUGGCUUUUUCACAUGGAUUAUGUUUGGCUCUUGGGAAGAAACCCUUAUCUCCCUCCAGAAACAGUGACUUAUCUCAAAGAUAUCCUGACCUCUAAUAACAUUGACAUUGAGAAAAUAACUGUCACAGAUCAGGUGAACUGCCCCGAGUUCCUAUAACCAGGCUCUAAAGGGAGGCUGCAUUCGCUCCAUGUUCCUUCUUUUGCUUUGCUUUUCCCCUACACCACCCCUCAUAAAGACAACCCAAACCACCACAGCAAACUAUUACAAAUACCAGAAGGGAAAUGUGACAGCAGAAGCUAGUGGAGAGGAACUCAAGGCAAGUUGGCCCAAACACUUAGCCAUGCACCAUCCUGUUACCUUGCAAGCCUGAUAAUAAACUUGCUGCUGACCUGCUGUGCUCACAGUAGACUACAAAUUGGACUAAUUAUUGGGAGUUUUAAAUUCUAAGCUUAUGUUUGGAAAUCCUUAAGCAGUUAUGUUGAAAAAAAAAAAGAAGCACUGAACAGUUUAAAGGUAAAAAUCUUGUUUCUAGAAAGGGAAAGCUGAUGGCAAAGGCACAUACCAGGUGACCUGAAUCCAGGUGGCCCCAUCCUGCAGUAGGCAGUCCAUAGCGGAGAAUCAUUUGGAGUUUUUGAGUCUCUGACAGGCAGUUUCCUGGAGGCAUUUACUUUCUUAUCAGGAGGUCUUCAGAGUCAGGUGAAGAAUGGGACCAUCUUGGGUCUGUGCCAGGAAGAAGAGAAUCUAUGAGGGUGAAGCUAUGGGAAUUUUUUUAAGAAAAUAAUUUUUGGGUCUUUUAUUCAACUGAUAUUUACUGGGACCCAACUGCAUUCCAGGCAUUGAAAAAUACAGAAUCCCUCUCCUCCCACAGCAGCUCACAGACUAGGGAGGGAGACUGACAAGUAAAGAUACAAUUUUAAUCCAAGCUGAGGGGUCCAUAGGCAGAGGCAUGUGGAGGGAGACAUGGGAGCUCCGAGAAGGUCUCAACCCCUGCCAGGCAUAGGUACCCACAAGGUUGUACAGUCACAUCUCAGAGUGUCCCGGCUUCAAGGAGUCAGGAACCACCUGGAGUUUGUUGUUGUUGUUGUUCUUUACAUUUUACUAUUAAAAUCAGAACAAUCUCAAAA